AUAACAGGUAAUACAUAUGUUUAUAUCACCCAACCCCAACCAACUCCCUCUUCCCUCUCUGGAUCCGAAUAUAACGAUGUAUCUCGAGCAAAAAUAGCUCAAAGCCAGCAACCCUGACCCACACCCACACACUGCCAUAGAAGUCCACCAACGUAACAGGAGCUUUUAGGAUUUUCCAUUUGAACGUCAAUGGAGUCCUUCGAUGCGAUGAACAAUGACGGAGGAGAAGACAUUAAUUCCUCAUCUCGCCCUUUCGAUGACGAUGCCUACAUGGGCUAUGAUUCCUCCUCUUUCCCUCCUCCUCCAACUGGACAAGCUUUCCCUCCCCAUGAUCUCACCUCUGAUACUGCUCACCACGUUCCUCACAAUCUCAAUCGCAGUUACAGUAAUAACCUUGCUUAUAUUGCCACCACCACCAACAACAUCCAUACUAACAAUAAUAAUAUCGACCCUCCCUCCCCAGAUGUUUAUGGAUCUUUCAGGGCGUCUGCCAUGGAUGAUAGUGGUAUCGGUGGUGAUGGUCAUGGCGAUGAUGGGUUUUUUGCCUCUGAAGGGCCCGUGUUGCCUCCGCCUGAUGAGAUGCGUGAGGAAAGCUUCGCUCGACGUGAAUGGCGCCGCCAAAACGCCAUUCAUCUGGAGGAAAAGGAGAAAAGAGAGAGGGCGAUGCGAGAUCAGAUAAUUGCUGAAGCAGAAGAAUACAAACGAUCUUUUUACGAGAAAAGGGAUCAAAAUUGUGAAACGAAUAAGGCUAACAACAGAGAAAGAGAGAAGCUAUACAUGGCUAAUCAAGAAAAGUUCCACAAAGAAUCCCACCUGCACUACUGGAAAGCGAUUGCUGAGAUCAUUCCUCGUGAGGUGGCUACCAUUGAGAAGAAGAGAGGAAGAAAAGAUCCUGAUAAAACCCCUUCGGUUUUUGUGAUUCAAGGUCCAAAGCCUGGCAAGCUUACUGAUCUUUCCAGGAUGAGACAAAUUCUCCUGAAGCUCAAACAGAACCCUCCACCUCAUAUGAUGCCUCCACCCAAAGAUGAAAAAGCUGGAAAAGACGGGAAAGAUGGAAAGGAGGCCAAGAAUGGGAAAGGCUCUACUCCAGCAGAUUCUGGUGGAGAAAAUAAACCUGCGGCAGCAGGGAAAGAUGCUGCUGCUAAUGGUGGCCCUGUACAACCAAAACCAGAGACUUCAGCUUCAGCUGAGGCUGAUAACAAAGUCAAACCCGAUCCUGAUUCUUCCAAUUUCGGCUAGCUAUUCACAGUGGAGAAUAAGAGCAGAGACCUUGGAUGGAUUUCAAGUAUGCAACAUGAGAUUGUAGACAGACAUAUUUUCCUUCUCAUAAGAUAUGAUGAUGCUGAAACUUGAUCGAGGAAAGUUAGGACAUUAACGAUCAUUUGGCAACUGUUUUUAAGUAUUUCAUUCACCUGUCCAAGUUCUUGUCUUGCCUGUGCAACUGUACACCUAUUUUUCCAUCACAAGUUUUUAGUUGAAGUACUUGGAUGAUUGUUUCUUUCCUUGUAAGCCUUCAAUGAAAAGGUAGACAGUGUUAUUUCUCGCAGCAAAAGGCUUAUUGAGAAAAUGGACUGGUUUCAACAUCUUAAACUUUGCUUAGUAGAGUGGGAUGAAAAGAAAAUUAGAAAGAUGAAAAAUUAAAAGAAGGGUAAUUUACAAAAAUAGUCACUUUUGUUUGCCUCAGGUUACAUUUUAGUCACUUAUGUUUAAAA